AAAAUUGACAGUUGUCAGCUAACUUCAGUAUGAUAAAUUUUCCUGAUUAAAAAUGAUCCCCCCUAUUUAACCUUAUCCCAUUAUUCGUGUAAACGUAAACGUCAGGUAGUGGAAAAUAAAAAAAUGGCGGAUCAAAGUGACAGGAGUCAAUUACCACCUGGUUGGGAGUGCAGAUAUGACAUAAGAAGUGGUCGCCCGUAUUUUAUAAAUCACUUUAAUUGUGCAACAUCAUGGGAAGAUCCGCGCGUAAGAUAUUGGCAGUACGCACAAUAUGUUCACGGGCAAAAUUCCACAGCUACAAAUUCAUCAAAUGGAAAUUCUCAUGAAGCUAUACCGCUCCAGAGCGGUAAUAUUGGUGGUGGCUUUGUUUAUUCUGCAACACACCGAGCACCGCAAGUUUAUCCAUCUCCGUACAAUAAUCCACAGCCUGCUUUUUUACCAUGUUUGCAGGACUUGAAGACACCGAUGUCAACAUCAAGAUCAAUAAGUGCGACAACAAAUAAAUUCGGUGAUAUGACAAUAGGUUCACCGACACCAAUGAAGAAUAUGGAAUCGUCCUUCAUCCAAGGAUCGGACGUCGAGCUGCAAGUUGCCAAAAUAAACGCUAUUUUUCCAACAGUUUCCGACACUCACAUUCGUCUCCUUCUUAAAAAAUAUAAUAAUAGACCAGCAUUGGUUGUAAGUGCGCUACAAAUCGAGAAGAAUCCACUUUGCGCACCAGGUCCAUGUACACCCGUCGGAGUACAUUCUAAUUACGCUAUUCCGAGAUGGCGUCUACCAGCUCAUGCAAUACAUGCAGCUAUAACAUUGAGUCCACCGCGUGGUGCAAGGCCAACACCACACUCCCCAAAAAUGAAACUUAGGUACCUGAAAAAUGUGUUUCCAAAAGUCGACGAAACAUUAUUGCUUGACAUACUGGAGCAGAGUGAUAAUAAUGUUCAAAAGGCGUCGGAAAAAUUAAUCGAGCAGGGAUACGAGAAGAAAAAUCCAACUGGACCAAGCAAAUCUCUAAUACGUCCCAAAGAAGAUAUACAUAAGGUCAGCAAGGUUGCGCCUACGCCACCGCCGCGUAUGAAAAGUGCUGAAGAAAAGACAAAGUUGAAGACAAAAUUGAUGGAAAAAUAUAAAUCGGUACCGGACAGAGUGAUAGCGCUGGCAAUGGACAGCGUUGAUUACGAUGAAGAAAAAGCUGUUCAUAUAUUGGAUAUUAUGAUUGCUGAAGAAGCUGUUCAGCCUUUGCGUACAUCGAGUAGUCACAGUAGUAGAAGUGAUGAGAGAAAAGACAGUCCGCCAAUAACUGAAGCUAUUAAAUUGACAGCGUCGCCAAUCAAAAAGAUACCCAAGGAUGAUGCUGAUAAAUCAAAACGCUCGAAAAAUAAAAUUGAGACUCACAAAAUAUCACGUGGUACAAGUACAACAGAAGACAGUGAAUAUAAAUCGCCUUAUAUUACAAAACCAAUUGGUGCUAAUCCAGAUUUAGCUAAAGGUCCCGAUAAUGAUUUAUUAUUGCCUGAUUAUGCACCGUGGGCUGGUCCAGACACACUAUUGUUAACUAAAGAAACAACCAGCAUCAAAUCUCUGGCUGUUGGACGUGAUUUAUCGCUGGUGUCAGGAUCUUGCGGUCUUGCAAAGGGUCCAAAUGCCGACUUGAGAAAAGGACCACUACGCGGGCUUGCUCAAGGUUCUAUUUACUCACAGAGAAACGCUGCUAAUACUGAAAGCCGCGGUAAAUGAGACAUGUGCAAUUGUUUCUUUUCUUACUAAUCUAUCAAUUUUGUUAUAACUUAAUAUUCAAAAUAUUUUUAUUCUUUUCAAAUUUUUACUAUCAAAAAUAUCGUCCAAUUUAUUCAGGACUAAUUUUGCCGGCCAGUAAUACGUAAGAUUUAUUUUAAACAUAUCUUCACUUACUUUUUUUAAUUAGUUGCUCAAUAAUAGUACUAGUUUACAAAAAAAUUGUGCCAAAAAAAUUUUAUCCAAACCUUUCGGCCUUAAAAAUUCAGGCGCUGAGCUAUAAUUUGUAGGCUAGUAUUUUUUGUUCAAUUUUUGUUAAUUUUAUUACCCAAACAUUUAUUUAUGUUAAUUAAUUAUAUUGUAGUAGGUUGUAAACUGAAUAUUGAGAUUGCCAAUUACGUAAAUUCAGUAUUAAUUAAACAAUUGUUGAUUGUUUGCCAAUCUCAAGUAUAAUUUAAAAGUAUUAAACACCUUUGUUUACUGUAAAUCACUCUUAAACGUCCGAUGCUGUUGCAUAUUUAAAAAAAAAAAAAAAACCUACCCAGCUAAUUAAUAACUAA